AUGAAAUCAUCGGACAAUUCAAGAGACUCCCCAAAUAAUCAAGAUAAGUCACAGAGCCCGCUGUGUAUGCCAGAUCUACCACUACCCACACCUCCUCCAAUGGCAAACAUAAUGAUGACGUCGCGGUUCGAUCUUCAAACGAGAGGGGGUUGCGGAUACAGAAGAAUUUUGAGCUCGAGAAGUACCGAGUUCCGAUCACCUCUUCUGAGUAGAGCAAAUUUUGCUCAACAUUUUGAUAACCAAAGCCCCUUACCGUCAAUAAGAAAAUUUGGAAAUGGUACUGAAACAUUGGGUCUAUCGCCAUUACCGAGGCAUAGAAAUUUUGAAGAUCUUUCAGUAAAUUUCGACGAUUUCCGAGAUAUAAGUAGCCUGAGCAAAUUGGAUUAUGCUAACCCUAGAAGCAAGUAUCUAUCGAGAGAUUCCGUCCUUUCCGAAGAACUAGAAGAAGUGCAAAUGGUUUCUAGGGAGAUAUCAUCGAAAUUCAACCAAACUUACGCUGAAAUAUCUCCAGAGUACCAAAGCGUUUUUUAUAACGAGCACUACAUGUCGGAUAUUGACGAAAACGAAGAGAUCAAAGAAUUCAUCUGCGCUUACAAGACCCCUGAAAGACGGUUCUCAGACAAUUCGGAUAAAACGUACGAUAGAACUUACGAUAAAAACUGUGAUAAAACGUUUAGUUGCAACACGUUGCCUUCUUUGAGUUCACUUAGGACUAACAAACAUAAAACGGGACAUGUCAGUGCAUUUGGUGGUAGCAGUGGUUCGAUUAAAAGUUCAGAUUAUUAUAUGUGUAGUCCCAUGGGAGGUAGAAGGCACGAACAGUUGGAAAAUUGCCAGAACAUCGUCUUCAAGAGCCCGCAAAGAACGGUUAUCAAGAUUGCAAAAGUCAGUCCCGAUGGUGUAAUAGGAACCGACAGUAUUAUCGAAAUUAAAUGUCCUGACACUGCUUCAAAACUGACUCCGGAAAAAGCAAUAGUUAAAAAAAUAAUAAAAUUUACAAUUAUUAAUGACAAUGGUCAAAUUAAAUCGAAAUUAUUAUUACCAGGUUCAGGGGCAACUUCACGUAACUAA